UCACACAAUAUUUUUCCUCUAAACUUUAAAAUGUUAUACUAAUCAACAAAAGAAAAAAAAUAAUAUUUAUAUCCUGAAAAGUCGUGAUCCGUAUUUUUGAUCUUUUUUUUUUUCAAAAUGAAGAACAAAUUUGACUUAGACUUAAAUGUACUCUGUAGACUUUGCCUGCACAAAGGUCCUGAACUACGUCCAAUUUUAGAUUGUGAUUUUUCUUACCGUAUCAAGUCGUGUGUAGGAAUAUUAAUACAACAGUGUGAUCUGGGGCCAGCCAAUAUGUGCGUUAAUUGUCUGACUAAUUUAGAGAAUUGGGAAGAAUUCAAACAGAAAUGUAUCUCUUCAAAUGAAUGCAUUCAAAACUACAUCAAGCAGUUGGAAGAAGAGAAACUAAAUUUGACUGUAGACAAUUCUAUUAAACUUAAAGAUCAAUUAAAAAUAGAUGAACUAGAAAAUAUUCAUGAUAGUACCUUAAACAACGAAUUUAACAAUCAAGACUCUGAUAAUGAUUCAUUAAAAUCUAAGUCACCCAUUUCACCAAUAACACGGGAAGUUUACUUGAGAGCUGGUAAAAAAGAAGUAAAGACUUUUGAAAUGGCAAAUACUAAAACAUCUAAUAAGAAAAAAAGUUACGAGUGUGGAAUGUGUUCUAUAGAUUUCACUGAAAAAGAAACAUUAUACAACCACUUAAAAGAUUUUCAUAAACUAGAAGAAAAUAAUACUCCACAUUAUUGUAUGAUUUGCAAUAAAGGAUAUUGUAAUUACACAAUUUAUCAAAAUCAUUUGACUACUGAACAAGAUAUUCAUGGAUCCAUUCAAAUUCAGAAUAAACUCAAAGACUUUACAAUUGGUUGUGGACUUUGUACUUGUAAAUUUAGCCGGUCGACCAGUCUUUAUCGUCAUCUCAGAAACCAUGCAUUGAAGAAAGACCUUAUGCCUCAUUUGUGUUCAUUUUGUCAAGUGGGAUUCCUUGACACAUACAGUCUUUACUUGCAUGCAUCAACUGAACAUCAUGCUGCAUCUGUCAUAGUUAAUGAAUCAAAAAAAGAAUGUUCUGAUGAGUCAACCAUCCUAAACCAAGGGGAGGAAUUAUGUGGCAAAACUAUGGACAAUGAUACUGUUAGUGGCGAAUACAAGGAUAACAAGUACGCAAUCACUACCAAACGUAAAAUCAAAAAGCUCAAGACACUUGAAGACAAGCGAGCAAAGUAUCGAGAGCACUACAGGCGGUUUCAGUCAAAGACAUACACGUGCGAAUUCUGCAAUGUCACCUAUUCCCGAUUCUGUGACCUGUUCAAUCACGACCGUACCACCCACGACGACAUGCCCAAAGAGUUUAGCUGCCCUACAUGUGGCAAACUGUUCCUGACAGACAGCCGGCUGCAGAUCCACCAAAACGCAUUCCACGCCGAAAAGGCGUUCAGUUGCGAUGUGUGCAAUGUACGGUGCAAGUCCAAGCAUACGUUGCGCACGCACAUGCGCAAGCACAGUGGCGUGUUUGCUUGCUCGCACUGCGGUCUGACGACUGCCAGCAAUGCGGCACUUGUGUCACACAUGCGUAUACACACCGGUGAAAAGCCGUUCGUGUGCGACCUGUGUGGCAACUCGUACGCGUCCAAGCUGGGACUCACAUCACACAAGCGCACCCACCAGCAAGAGGCGUUAUUCAAGUGUAACGUAUGCGGUUAUACCGGAUCCAGCCACAGUUCCAUAUACAUACACAGGCAGACGCACAACUCAGACAAGCCGUUUGUAUGCGAUGUGUGCGGCAAAACAUUCAAGAUCAAGGUACGGUUGGUUGAUCACCAGAAAAUACACUUCGCGUCCAAGGAUUAUGUGUGCGAGGUAUGUAACAAGGCUUUCCUGGCUCGGUACCAGCUGGUCCAGCACUCGCGCACUCAUUCAGGCGAAAAACCAUUUCAGUGCCAUUUGUGUGUCAAGGCGUUUGCCCGGCGAGAUGGGCUGUCUGAACACAUCAGGACACACACAGGUGAGAAACGGUACACGUGCACUGAGUGCUUCAGGACGUUUUCAUUUUACAAGAGCAUGAAGAAUCACAAGUGCUCGGCAACUAUUGGCGAUGGUGGUGAUGUUGAUGUCAACGACAACAGUGAUGCAAAUAACAUUUGUUGUAAUGAAAUAGAGACUACGAUAAAUCCAUCAACAUCAUCCACUUCACUGCAAAUUCCCACUGAAGACAACGAAUCGUUGGAUCCAUCUUAUCAAUCUACCAUUAGAGCCAAUGAUAGCAGCAGUGUUCCAUUGUUUCCCAACGGCUGUAGUUUACCCACCAGCUGGACACCCAGCUAAAAACUUCUUUCUGAACUAUUAAAUUAUAAGGUUAUAAGGUCAAAGUAAAACUGCUGCACGGUGACAAUGAAUUGUGUCUGGCUGCAUUUUACCGUAAUCAUAUUGUGUGCAAAUAUUCUGAAUUAGAAUUAGCAUUAUUUUUUAUUACUUACUCAUAAGGUGCUCCUCGUACACAUAAGUAACAUUUAUUCUUCCUACCAAAUUUUGGUGAUUAUCAUUACUAUUAUUAGUACUUAUAAUAUGACAUAUAUCUAAUAUUUAUUUAAUAAUAUUACUGAUCUUACUGCAUUCAAACUCACAGAAGAAUUAAGGUUAAUAGUAAUACUCCAAAAUUUCAACUGUGCAGUACUGAAAAUUAAAUCAAGUAGAUGAAACUCCAAUUCAAUUUCAUGAUGAGAGUGACUAUUUUUUUUUAACACAGAAGUUUAAAUUUAUUUUAUACAAAAUAUACCAUUUUUACCUAUAUUUAUAGUCAUAGUUUUAUUUAAUGCAUAUUAUUUAUCAUCUAUUCUAAUAGCAAUGCAGAAUAGAGGGCAGUAUAUUGUUCUGCAGAGUAUUCACAUGGGCCACUAAAUUGUCUAAACAAAAUCUUUGAUAUUAUAUUUCAUCUACAUGAUUGCAUAUUACUGAUUAUAUUAUAUUACUAUAGUAAUAAUAUUCAUAUU